GUAGCACAUUCUAUAUAAAACCCACAAAAGAAUUACAUUUUUGUUAUUGUUACAAAACAAAAAAUGUUUCUAUUUGGAAGAUUUCUAUUUGUUCUUCUAGCAGUGGCUAUUAAUUCUAUCACAUUAAAUAAUGCUGCUACUAUAACUUUGCCUAACAAUGAAAAGAUUCCAGCAGUUUUUGUGUUUGGAGAUUCAAUAGUAGAUACAGGCAACAACAACUAUAUCAAAACGACUGCUAAGUGCAACUUCCCACCUUAUGGGAGAGACUUCAUGGGAGGAAAACCAACUGGAAGGUUUAGCAAUGGCAGGGUUCCUUCUGACUUUAUAGCUGAAGCAUUUGGGGUAAAGAAGCUCUUGCCAGCUUAUCUCGAUCCAAACCUAAAGCUUGAAGACCUUCUCACCGGAGUUGUCUUCGCCUCAGGCGGCAAUGGCUACGAUCCUAUCACAAACAAAUUACCACCUGCAUUUUCUUUAUCUGAUCAAGUAGAGCAGUUCAAAGAAUACACAAGAAAGAUUAAAUCAGCAGUUGGAGAAGAAAAAACUGCAACUAUAAUAUCCAAAAGCGUUUUCUUAAUCUGUACAGGAACCAACGAUAUUCUGAAUACUUAUUAUUCUACUCCUUUAAGGCAAUUACACUAUGAUAUUAAUUCAUAUACAGAUUUCUUGGUUCGCUCAGCUUCAAGCUUUUUCCAGGAGCUUUAUGGACUUGGCGUAAGAAGAAUUGGUAUAUUGGGCGUACCAGCAGCAGGGUGUGUGCCAUCACAGAGAACCGUACGUGGAGGCAUAGAAAGAAAGUGUGCAGAUUUUGCAAACCAAGCAGCUAUUCUCUUCAAUUCCAAGCUCUCUUCUGCUAUUUAUUCCCUCAACACAACACUUUCUGAUGCAAAUCUUAUCUAUCUUGACAUCUACUAUCCACUGCUUUCCCUCAUUCAAAAUCCUGCUAAAUAUGGUUUUGAAGUGGCAACUAAAGGAUGCUGUGGCACAGGAAAAAUAGAAGUGACUUACCUUUGUAAUCGCUUUGAUGACCCAUUAACUUGCAAAGAUGACACUAAGUACAUAUUUUGGGAUAGUUAUCAUCCCACAGAGAAGGCUUACCAAACCCUAAUCAACAUGAUCAUUCCCAGUAUAAGCAACAUGUUUAAUAUGAAGUUUCUUUAUUACAAUUCAGCUUCUUUUAUCUUUUUUUUCUAUGUUGUAAUAAUAUUAUUUCCAAUUUGUGCCUUAAACAUUUCAUCAACUAAUAAUUAUAUGCAUGAAAAGCUUCCAGCUGUUAUUGUGUUUGGAGAUUCAAUAGUGGAUCCAGGUAAUAAUAACUAUGUUAAAACAAUUAUUAAGUGUAACUUCCCACCUUAUGGGAGAGACUUCAUUGGAAGAAAGCCAACAGGAAGGUUUAGCAAUGGAUUCAUUCCUUCAGAUAUUGCAGCUCAAAUAUUAGGUAUAAAGAAGCUGGUUCCAGCUUAUCUUGAUCCAAAUGUGCAGCCUGAAGACCUUCUUACUGGAGUGAGCUUUGCUUCAGGUGGUUCUGGUUAUGAUCCUCAAACAUCCAAAAUAGCUUCUGUACUUUCAUUAUCGGAUCAAUUAGACCUAUUUCGAGGUUACUUAUCAAAACUAAAAUCAAUCGUGGGAGAAGAAGGAACAUCAACAAUUCUAUCCAAAGGCUUAUUCAUAGUUUGCAUAGGAAGCGAUGAUAUUGCCAAUACCUAUUUUGCUCUUCCAUUUAGAAGAUAUCAAUAUGAUAUUAAUUCCUAUACUGAUUUAAUGGUGAGCUCUGCUUCAACUUUUUACAAGGAACUUUAUGAAGUUGGAGCAAGGAGAAUUGGAGUCCUUAAUUUACCACCAAUUGGGUGCGUGCCAUCACAGAGAACUCUAGGUGGAGGAAUAGUGAGAGAGUGUUCAGAGUCUGCCAAUGAAGCAGCAAAGCUCUUCAAUUCCAAGAUCUCUUCUGCAAUUGAUUCUCUCAACACAGAGCUUCCAGAUGUUAGACUUGUCAAUAUUGACAUCUACAAUCCACUUCUUUCCAUUAUCAAGAACCCUUCUCAAUAUGGGUUCGAAGAGGCAACAAAAGGUUGCUGUGGAACAGGAAAUAUAGAGGUCAGCAUACUGUGUAAUCCUUUGGAAGACAAACAUACAUGUGAAGAUGCUUCGAAGUACAUAUUUUGGGACAGUUACCAUCCCUCGGAGAAAACUUACCAAAUCCUUACUCCUAUGAUACUCAAUGAGUGUCUGUACAAAUUCUUCUAGGCUUCUUAGCUUUCUUUAUCUUAUACUAGUAUAUAAGAGAAGGGUGCAUAAAAAUUAUUAUGUCCUGCCAUUUUUUUCUGAACGAUUUUAGUUUUAAGGAUCUGGUUCCACUUGCUGUUUCUUAUUGUUUUUGUCAUCACUGCGUGUAUUUCAUACUUGUGAGUUAUAAAACGAUUCUCGUUUACUUUGUGGCUGUCCCUUCUCA